AUGGCAAAACCAAUGGACUUCUGCGUUUUCAGUGUCCUGGUGACAGGAUCCAAUCGAGGGAUCGGUCUGGGUCUGGUGAAGAGGUUUCUGGAGCUGCGUUAUCCACCCGAAUGGGUCUUUGCUACAACUCUUGAUCUGGAAGGAGAAGAGAACCAAGAACUAAAAGAGUUGGUUUGCAAAUAUCCAAAUCUGGUGGUGUUGCAAUUAGAUGUUACUAAACUUGAAAGCAUCCAGGCCGCUUUGAAAGAAGUGCAGAAAUGUGUUGGAGAAGGUGGCCUGACCAUCCUAAUCAACAAUGCUGGCACUUGGGCCUUCAAUGAUCUGCAAACAGAAAAUGCCAAGGAUAUGAUGCGAGUUUACUCUGUCAACGUGAUUGGAACCCUGCAAAUGAGUCAGGCAUUCCUACCCCUGCUGAAGAAGGCAGCCCGGAGAAGCCCAUGUCAAGGGCUGAGCAGCAGCAAGGCAGCCAUUAUUAACAUAUCCAGCAAUGGAGGCUCAAUUGAACUUGUGGCUUAUUGGGACCAAAAUAAAAUAAUCGGAUACCGCUGCGCUAAGGCUGCUUUGAACAUGCUUACCAAGUGCCAGUCUCUUGAGUAUCCGGCCAAUGGGAUUAUGAGUAUUGCUAUCCAUCCUGGCUCAGUUGAAACUGCUGGCAAUCCAAAC